AUUAAAAAGAAGCAGACUGUGGUGCAGCACAAUGGAUGCUAACUGCUGUGCAGCACUACUAAGAGAGAAAAUGAAGCACCUACCCAUUAUCAUGGGGUCACCAUUCAGUGGGUGUAUGGAAAGUAAAGACAUGUCAGUAAUAUAUGAAAAACCCACUGGGUGGUGGUCUUGCAACAUUACAGGUGCCAACUGAUGUAUCACCAAAAAAGAAACUAGAGUGUUUGUGCAAAUGGAUGAGGUGUGUGAGGCAGAGACAUUACUGAUGACAACUGCCCGAAAACACCAAAGAAGAAAAAGAAGCACAAACAUCACAACCAGAAUGGCACCUGCUGCUCUUGAAUGUCAAAAAAGCCAAAUGGAUGAAGUCUCUGAAACGUUAACUAUGACAAAAGAUUGGGAGUUGAAGUGUAAAAGUCAAGAGGACCCUGUUAUCGAGGCAGAGGAGACCAUGUUUGAGUUAAAUGACCCGACACUUGCCAUUUCCAUUGAAUGUUUUGAUGACACAAUGGGAGAAUUUGCAAAAGCUGAGAAUGAACUCCUUGCCAAAUUGAACGCUGAAAUUCAAAGAAAGGUUCACUUUCAACAAAGCCAUGACGAAAGAGACUCUCAACAUGCAUGUGUUUACAAAUCAUGUCUUCAAACAUCGGUAGAGGACAUGAACGAAAUGAACGAUGAAUACAACGAGAUGAAGACCUUUGUACUGCAGACCAAUGCCAUGAUGGACCAGCUCAGGAAAGAGAGGGACCACUUAAAGCACCAGGUCAAGGAACUAACCAAUAAAAUUCAUGGAAUGACAGAACAAGAUGGAGCAAUCAUGGCUGCAGUUGAUGCAAAGGUGGAGGAGUGGAAGCGAGUUUUCUCUGAGAAGGAUGUGGAGAUAUUAGGGUACAAGCAGGCAAUUCAGGAGAAAGACUAUCAAAUCAGGAAAUUAAAAGACCACGCCAAGAGAAAAGACAAAAAUGGAGCGUUCACUUCGCGGCACAGAAAGAUCGAGGAGCUUAAAUCUAAGCUUGAAGCAGCAGAGAGCAGAGCAGCAGUGGCUGACAUGGAGUUAAAAGUAGCAGAAGCUCACGUUGUGGAAAAAGACAAGGCACUCCGAGAGAUUUCACAGCGUUUGAGACAGUACGAGUCUGGCAUUAACGGCCUGGAUGCCGCCUGGGCUGAAAUUAAAGAGUGUAAAAAUCAUAUUAAGGACAUGGCCACUGAAAAAGCAUCAAACUUUGUCCUGGAAAAAGAACUGAGACUCUUGCAGACCCACUUUCAGGCCAAAGUAGAAGAACUGUCAAAAGUGAAACAAGAUCAGGAGGUGUUGUUGAAAGAUAUGCUUGAAGCCAUAUGGGCUUCAGAACCAGGUUUUCAAAUAAAAUCAAAAAUACACCAGCUACAGAAUGUUGGUGGUAGUGGUGAUGUGUUGUCAGAACCAGCCUUGCAGGUCAAGUCUCAAAUACAUCAACUGUUAAGGAGCAACCAAGAAUGGAGGCGGGAAUUAAAACUGGCCCGCAAAGAAGCAGUAGAAACCAAAGAACUAUUGGAUUCUGCUCAGGACAAAAUCAAAGAGCAUGACUGUACUAUCUCAGAGACACUGGCCACCUGUAAGAAAUUGUCUGAGAAGCUAGAAGAGAAAGAAACUGCUCUUCUAAAGGCUGAACAGAACACUGCAUCUAAGGAUGAAGUUAUCAAUGAGCUGCGCUGUCAACUCUCCACUGCAGCAGCCCGCGAGCACCAGCUAAAUGACUCCAUCAGACUUGAGGUUAGCCAGUCAGAAAGUCAUCGUGUCCUCAAGCUGGCUCAACAGACCAUCAAGGACCUUCGGCAGCAGCUGGACAAAAAACAAGACGUUAUUAAGAAGUUCCACAAGCAGGCGGAACAGAAUCAAACAGAGAUGAGAGAGAAAUAUUGUGAGGAGCUGGAAAUGCUGGAACAGAAACUGACCUCUCACAUGAUCACCUCCUUGGACCACUUUAAACAGCAAGCAGGGGACCUGGUUGAGAAGUCCGCUGUAAAUGCACUGCCCAAUGAACAACUUGAACGUUUGGAAGAAACGAUAGCUGUGCAGGACCGUGCAAUUGCCUCGUUAACAGAAGAGCUGAGGAUAACCACGGCGGAACUGGAGCAGCACAGGAUCACAAUGGAAACACAAGCGACAAAACACGCAGAGGAGACGUUAACCAUGGAGUCUCGUCAUGCCGGCCAGGUGCAGGUUGUCACUGCUGAGAACGAGGACCUAAGAAGUCAGAUGGUCCACAUGGGGAAGGAGUUAAAUAAGCUCCGUGUUGAGCUGGAGUCACAGAAAGAGGUUAACAUUCAAGCGUCCUGCAACUCUCAGGUGGGGAAACUCAAAACUCAUGUGGAUCAGAAAGAGAAACAGAUCAAGAGUCUCAGUAAGGCCCUGUUAGAGCUUCGGGCGGAGAUGACAUCUGCAGCAGAGCGACAGGCCGUAGUUGAGGCCGCACAAAAACAAGACAAUCAGAAUGUGCAGAAGGUGGUCGACAGGCACACUCAAGACCUGAAGGUGCAACUAAAAGAACUGAGCGAGGAACUAGAAGCAGCUGUGAAGUCUGUCAAAGCUGCCAGAGGGCGGGAAAACAGGCUAACACAGGAAGUGGACUGCUUGAGCCGUGAGCUGCAGAGAAGUCAUAAAGCUCAGAGACGUGGACAGGUCGAGUCAGAGGAGAGGGAGCAGGAAGUCCACGAGCUUCAGCAACAAAACAAGAGGCUAAUCGGUGCUUUUCAGAAACUACAAGAACAAUACGGUAAGGGGAUGACCAUCGAGAACCUGCAGAAGAAAAUCAGGAGGCUUGAAUCAGAGUUAGAGAGAACAGUAAUAAAAAACGAUCGUGGAAAUAAUCCAGGGAAGGCCAAGGAAGAAGCUGUGCAUUGGGAGGAGGGCAUGAAAUGGCAGGCCAAAAUGAACAAAGUGACAUACGGACUUAUGGAGAAAGAACGAGAGAACGAGACUCUGUCAAAGGAACUAUGUACUCUUAAAGAUCUCUACAGCCGACUCAUGCAGGAGAACGGCGUGCUGCAGAAAAAGCUCAGGGCACGAGGCAUGACCUGUGAUCGCACAAUCUCAUGCUCAACUUAGCGUUGAUUAGAUGUAAAAUAUGUUCCUCAGAAAACCGCCAUGUAGAACAUUUGGAUGGGGUUAUUGCACAUUAAAAUCCAGUCACGUAAUCAAUAAAGUCAACAACAACAUCUGAUUAUUUGUUACUUUGUUUGCAUGGCAUUUCUCUUGGCUAAAAAUGGAAAAAUAAAAAGUAUAAAGAUGGAGGACACAAUUUGUUCUGGCAAAUCUUUUGACAAAUAUGUUGUUUUUGGGCUCAAUUUUAAACAAUUCUCUGAGUACUUUAUUUUAAGCCAAUUUAAUGUUUAAAAUAUUUCAUACAAAUUUUGGCUAUUACUCUUUUCUACUCUUUUCAAUUUUUUUUAUUCAUAUAUUUUUCUCCAUCUUUUGGGUCAUUUUGGCUAAGUUUUUGAAAUAAAAUUAACUUUCAGCCAAUUGUCUAACUUCAUUGCUUACACACAUUUUUUGUUGAUCUUUUAACCAAGUUUUAAGUAAAUCGCUCACAUACAUAUGGCUUUGUUUAUUGAGAACGCAGCUCAAUUUCUUGAUGAUAUAAAAAAUGUUGAUUUUAGUCUUUGAUAUGUGCUGGCCUUUGGUUUCCCAUCCAUCCUUUAUUUUAGUUAUAUUCAAGUCCAUGUUUUUUCUUUCUAUAGUAAUUGUGUGUUGUUUUUAGCAUUAGUGUAAUCUAGCAGCCCAAUUGACGUCACAGUCGCAUCAUCUCUGACCUGCUCUUGGUUCAUCACCACCACUUUGUAUUUUGUCUACUUUUCAUAUUUUCAUACAGUUUUGCCUGUUGACAAAGUACAGAAAUGGCAGAUAAAUUUACUCGAUAAAACUACCGACAACACAAUAUAACAGAAUGGUAGCAAAGAAUAUUAAUGGAAAUCCUAUAAACUGAGGCAAUAUCUAGGAUUUGUGUUUUUGUCUUGUUUUUUUUUUUUCAGGUUUGUCUCCCUUUUUUUGUCAAUUAUAGGCCUGCUAUUCAUUCGCCUACUGCUGUCAAGUUCAGACAAAGUUACAGACUAUGUUUUUGCAUAUGUUCAAUAUACAUAAAGUUAUAGAGCUUUAUCAACUUUUUUUCCCCUCUGUUUUGAGGAAACUUUUCCUUCCUCAGGCGUCUCUAAUCUGAGAUGACUAAUUUAACAGUAAGCGAACAGGCAGAAUGUGGGCGCCAGCGUUGAAAAGAGGAUAAAGGAAGUGGAAUUCGUCCUUGGCCUUCAUCAUUGGCACCGCCACGGCUUCUCCUGACCUGCACACGUUGAUGCUGGCAGCAGGGGCAUUUGUUCUGCUUGUCAAAGUCGCCGUACCAUCGGCAGAGAGUCGUAUUAACGAGAUCUGUGUAUUUGCAUACAUGUUUCCACUACGACGGCUGCCCGCUCGUCCGUCAAUCCUUCUUUCUGCAAAUUUAAAGCAGACUGUUAGAGUUAAAGCCGAGAGGUUUCAUUAGCGAGUCUAUCGUAGCCAAGCUGCUUCUACGCUGCUUUGCAAAUUAAAUUGUGCCACUUUGUUGAACAGCAACCUUCAUUUGUGGCUGC